GUGGGUUUUAUCUUACGGUGUUCGGUUCGCUUGCGAUCUUCGUAAAAAGUUGGGUGUGAAAAACGGACCCGGGCAGUAAGUGUAGAAAAGUAAAAGUGAUUUUUCAAAACCAAAAAUACCUCUAGUCUCUAAAUCUUGAGGCUUUUGAAAUGAUCCUAAACAUGUACAUCGAAACAGACGAACAAUCUUUCAGGAUUCUGGACUUACAUUAAAGUUUCAGAUUGACUGAAGAAUAAAUCUACUACAACAAAUAAUUGAAAUCAUGACUGACCCAGGAAAUUCUUUCUUCGAUCCUGAGCCCUCUUGCUCGUACACCGUCCCCAAAAAUAAUGAGCAAACAACAAAUGCCAGUGAAAUAAUUAAUACGCGACGCUAUCGUCCAGCACCAGCUUCUAAGAAGCGGAAACGAGAAGAGGAGCCGGACAAUGAAUUGCUGAGUAUUUGCAAACCCCUUUCAAUUAAAUUACAUCGUUUGUCCCAACAAGCCGUGUCGAAAGUGCAGAAAAAAAGUGAUCAAGCGAGUCGCACCAAGCGAAGACACAGGUGGAGAAAUGGAUUGCCAGGUAAAUCAAAAAAGAAGUCAAGAGCUGACAAAUCUGAUAGAUUGGAGGCGCAUAGAAAAUCUGAGAAAUCAGAGGAGUCUGAGAAACAUGAUAAAUCUGAGAAAUCAGAGAUGCCUGAUAAGUCUGAAAAGUCUGAGUCCUCGAAAAAUCCGGAGAACUCGAAAAAUUCUGAGAAAUCUUCAGAAUCUAAUCAAAUUUCGGAUUCUUCGUUAAUGAUCCCAACACAUUCCUGGGGUUGUUGUCGCAUGAUUCCCUUCGAGAGAAAUCGAUCAAGAAGUCUCAGAAAGUUGUCCUUGAGCAGAAACCGAGACUCGCUAGAAGCUGCGAAAGAUUCGGAAUCAGCAGUACCAAGAAUUUCCCUGCGAGAACGAGCUUCCGAUACUGCAGCAAGGAACAGCUUACAUUCCAGCAGCAUCCGGCCUUUGCCCGUGAAAGAGAGGUGCACUACCAAGGAGGAAUUUGAGGGAGAAGACGAAUUUGUCUGCAGAAGAACUCUGCCUUACAUACGAAAAGCAAAGUUGAAACCGAAUCUGCAAAUAAACAGCCCGGAAGCGAGUAAUUCAAGAGUUUCUGCUCCAGCGGCUCCUCAAAAUGAGGAACGCAAAGAAAAGCCAAGGAGUUCCGAGAGUGAGAAGUUUUCCUCGAGCAAGACAUUCAAAACGAGGAGAUCGAGAGAUCAGGAAGAGAUGAAGCGGACCAGUAUUGACACGGAAAUACCCUCGUCCGCAGAAUCCAAGGUUUUUGAAAAGACUGAUGAAGCCAAAGUAGCCGAGAACGCGAAAGAGAACGAUGACGAGAAUAUGGAAGAUUUUGCCUGGAACAGUUCAAAUAUGUGGAAAUACAAAAGAAAACACCGAAGUCGACGAAUAAGCAGUUCGAGUGAGGAGGAGGGUCCGCGGAAGAAGACAAAAAUUGCGAAUGGCACAAGUGAGAGAAGACCGGGACCGAGCUCGAAGAGAAAAUCAGUUGAGGCGACGCGAACACUCUGUCCGCCCUCUUGCACAAAAGCACACCAUGGCACAGCUUUUCAUUUUCUCUAUGAAAAACCAAAGCUCAAAGAGGGACGAGUUCUUCUCGAGAAAUUGGAAGAAAUGCAGAGCGAGGAAGUUGUCAGAUGGAGGAAUCGAUUGAUCAAGUUGGAGAGAGAAGUGGAGGAGCCGGAGGAAGAGGUGGUAGAAGAAGAGGAGGAAGACGAGUAUUAUCUGAUGUACGAAGAUGGGACCUUGUCGAAUGAAGUUCUCUCGCACGACGAUAUUUAUCAGAUGCAGGGAAUUACCGAGUUUGAGGUGAAUUCCCAGGAAACUAAUAAUCCCUAUCAGAUGAACAAUUUAGACGUGUAUUUCAAUGUUGGGUCGCAGGAUUCGAGCCAAUUGAAUGCUGAUGAUGAUGAACUCGACGAUGUUCUGCGCGAUGAUGACGAUAUUCCCCUAGAGUUUAGCGAGUAUCCGAAAAUCUUGUUGAUACGUUUGGAGACUCUGGUGGGCUCUCUCGAAACUGAAUAUUCGGCCUCGGAAAUUGAGAAUUUGGAGGAGAAGUACAUUGAUUUCAUGAUGAACUCAAACUUUUCCUACGACAAGCAGUCGCAGUCCUUUUUCCAAGUCUACAAACGUCUCCAUGCGAGACGCGCGAAAGAGCGAGAGCUGGAUUCGUCCGAUUUCUCCGAAUUGGACGAUUCCGAGACGGAAAUGGAGACUGAGCGAGACGAUUAUGUGGAUGAGAAGCCUCUCGUGAUUGCCCUGGAUGCUGAGAAAGAUUUGGCAUCGGAUGACAGUCUGCAUGACCAUGAGAUUGCGACGAUUCGAAUUCUGCCGAAUGACACGACGAGUCACGAGUCGAAUGACGAGAGUGAAGUCGCACCGGAAUUUGUGAGCUGCGAGCGAAACGCCGAAGCCGAGAAAACCGAGCGUUUCUACAUCACCUGUAAAUUUUGCAAAGUCAGUUUCAAGAAUCUGCACUCGUUCUCCCUCCACAAAACGGACUGCUACACGAAAAACAAGAAGCCGAUGAAGUGCGACUAUUGCGACAAUCAGUACAAAUGCCGGCGGACCUUGAAACUGCACAUGCAGCACAUUCAUGGAAAGGGGACUGCUGAAUUGGCCCUGGAGAAGCAGAGGGAUGAGAUUGAGGAGAAGGUGAUGGAGAAAAUGGGCGAGAAGCAAGCAAACGACAAGAGUUUGGGCGCGAGGAAAAAGCUGAGACCCGCGGCUCAGCUGAAUCUCGUUUGUGGCGUUUGCUCGGUUGAGUUUGAGUCGAAGGAGAGUCUCUGGGAUCAUAUUCUCAAGCAUACCGAGCAGGAGUUGCAGGACGCCUAUAAAGACGCGACGAAGAACAAUAGGAAUCAGGAAUUGCAGGAGAAACUGCGGCGUUACGAUGAGAAGAAGAAGGAGCGGGAAUCGGAGAAGUGUGGUAGUGAGCCGCGGAGUAGUAGUGAGGGGAAAAAGAAGUGUGGUAGUGAGUCGAAGAGUGAGGUCGGGAAAAAGGAUCCGCGAAAAUCGGCAUUUAAGUAUGCGCAGUGGAAGGAUCGGAUUCUUUAUAAAAUGAACAUCAACGAGAAGAAUAGCUCGACUUCGGUGGAGAAGGCAACUGACAAGGAGAGUGUCGAGACUAAUCACGAGGAGAUUGUUUUGAGUUCGUCCGAGAGUGAGAGCAAUAAUGGGGGCGAAAUUGUCGAUAAUUCGUCGACGUCGAGGAGUUCGGUGAUUCGAAAUAAUACAAAAACGGCGACGCCGACGUCGACGUCGUCGCCUUCGAAAAUUGUGACAAUGUGUCCCUGUCAUCGGAACGACACCUCGACGAUGGUCAAUGGGGACAUGCAGAUUGAGAUGGUGCUUCUGUGCAAAAUUUGCCAGGUGCUUUUUCGCCGAUUGGACUGCUUUGAGGUGCAUUAUCGGUUGAACAAAUUGUGCAGCUUGGAUCGGAGUAGCAGAUCGCCGAAAUUGUUUUGCAGCUCGUGUCGGAUUAUUCUGAAUUCGCUGCCGGAGAUGCGGAAUCACUUGGAGAAGCAUGCCAAGGUGAAUCGGCAGGGCCACGUGACAUUUUUGUGCAACAUCUGCAAAGUGAUGUUCUUUGGUGUGGGCUCGCUCUUCUACAGCCACUGGUUCAAUCAUAAUAAGGACGUGAACUUUUUGGCGAGUCGCUACUCGUUUCCGAAGCUCUCGAUUGUCCAGAUUGUGAGCACGAGUCUCAAGGGCGGACAGAAUCAGAAGGAGGAGUAUCUCUUUGUCGCGGAGUAUGUCUGCAAGAAUUGCAAAAUACCUUUCGGUUCCGAGUCGGACUUGGAGAAGCAUGCCUGCAGUAAACCAGCAGUUGAGGAACCAGUUGCAGUUGUAGCUGAGCCAAAAGAGAAGAAUAAUCCGGGCCAAUCAAAGCGCAGUCUUGUUGUCCGGGUCUCGUGUAUGACCUGCAAGGAAGUUUUCCCAAAUCGCGAGGCCUACAAUCGACACGAGAAGGUCUUCAAUCACUUGAAUUCCACCAAGCCCGAGUACAUCUGCGUCUCCUCGAACAAUAGUGAGAAGGCGUACAUUUGCACCCAGUGCAAGACUGUGCGGAUGUCGAUCGAGGACUUGAAGGAGCACUGGUUCUUCCAUCGGCCUUGGCGAGAAAAGUUCUCCUGCGCCAACUGUCCAGACGUGCGCUCGAGUCGAUUCGAGGAGAUCGAGACGCACUGCAAGAGGUGCAACAAGAAUGUCGUCGGAGUGUGUCUGGUAUCGCUGGUGGCCGCGACCUAUCAGUGCAAGCCCUGCAAUCUUCACUUUGAGACGGGUGUCGAGUGGAAGGAGCAUCGGCAGAUGUGCAAGCCGCCGACAGUCUACAAGGCCUAUGCGUACAAUGCGCAGUCGGGAUAUGAGCCCAUCAUGCCGGGAACGCCGCCGCCGGCGCAGCCAACGCCGCCACCACCUUCUCCUAGAUCAUCUUCUUUGGUUUCCUCGACAGUUGUCUCCACUGUCGCGUCUGCGAUUGCGUCUUCACUUCAACCCCUUUCAGGUAUAGUUAAACCUUCUCGUGCAACUGUAACUGCAACUCCAGCUUCAGCUCCAACCGUACUUCCAAUUACACGUUCAGUACCUAAAAGUAAUUUCAUAGCCAUUUUGCCGAAGCCGACACCGACACCGAUUAAACCGAAACUUACAUCAGCCACUCUGCUAGAAAAAUAUUUACAGUUGGGCACAGCACCUAAGCCGAAGCCAAAAUCAAAGAAGCGCCAAAGUGAGGAUGUCGAGGUGAUUGAAAUCCUUUCCGAGAGUAGUUCGCGAAGUUCCGUGACGGAAUUUUCGAGAGACACAAGUUCUGUGACUGAAGUUGUGAGAAAAGAGACUCCUGCUGCUGCCGUAGUCCUAAAUUCAAAUCAAGCCUCUAGUCCAUUCGAUUCAUUCACCACAAGCAAUAAUGCGCAGAGCGAGUAUCAGCGUAAAGAUGUUUCGAUGUCGAAAGCGGUUGUCUGUUAUCCGUCGAAGAGAAAAGAGAAGAAGCAAUCGCCGCGAAAAGAUACGACGCCGCAGAUUCCCGCCAAUCAGGAGACCAGUGACGACGCGGAGAGAAAUAUGGCCAUGACUGCCGUCAAUCCGGAAUUUGAGACUUUGCUCUCGGAAUUGGAGGGCUUGGAGACGGAUCCCCUCAAGAACAUUCUCAGGAUGGUCAGGAAGAAGACGAAAGAAAAUCUCGAAACUUCCCUGUUAAAUAGUCCCGGGACGGCGGGAAAAUCGACGCCGAGAGUUAGCGUCGAGGAAGUGCAGGUAGAAGAUGCACCUGUGUCGGAAGUGUCUUCAAAAUGCCCCGAGAAAGACACACUGAGUCCUCUUCCCUUUGAAGUUGUACUCUUGCCGGAGGAGGCUCCUAGUCCAAAAUCAGGCCCUGUCUCUCAAACUUCUACUGCCAGCAAGAUAUCGAAUUCCCAAGCCCAAGAUCAAAGUGUGACUGAUAAAAAUAUAAAUAGCGAGAUUAGUAAAGGCACCACGGAACCGGGCUCGUCAAUAAUCGAGGAGUACAUCGAGUACAUCAUGAUGGAUGAAACUGCUCCUCCCGCAGUGGAAGUUCCAAAAGUCGAGAAGGCGCCAACUCGUUUGCGUGUGAGAAGUUUGGCCGAGUUGCAGGAAAUAAAAAUGCAUCUCUGCGACACUUGCGGCGAGAGUUUCAACGCAAAGCAGAGCUUUGAUGAUCACGCUCGCGAGAAUAAUUGUGCGAGGGCUCGCGAUUUGGAGCCGCCACCACCACCGCCGCCGCCGCAGUAUGUGGAACCUCAUCGAGAACCUGUUGAAGAACCUCUUCGGCGAGAACAGUCGCAAGACAGCGCGAGCGACGUUGACUACGAGGCAGCGCUCAGGCUGAAUUUAGUUAGGCGCGGUGUCCUCGCUCCAAACGAGUUUGUUCCACCUCUAGUGCCCUUCACGAUGCAGCAGCAAAACGCAUCAACGUCCAAGGCAGUUAUGGCACCAGUUUCCGCGAAUCUAGUUGUACCCGAGAAAAGAAAGUCGCUGCCUUCCUCCAAGAGUCACUACAGUAAUAACACGGGCGUGAUUUCACCCUCGAGCAGUACGUCGCGUUUCAAUUUGUCGCACGCGCCUCGCUCAGGCGCCAUUCAACUCCCGGAACGAACGGGCGGCAGUGUCAUUCAGAAAAGGCCAUCGGGCGCGGCGACGCGAAUCCAAAAUCUGAAUCACCGAUCUGAGAUUCAUCAUCGUGGACUGCCGCAAACUUACAAUCGAAGAAAUUCACUGGGAAUCAGACCACCUCCGCCCUAUCCCUCGAAUGAAUCGACCCGAUCGCCGCUCGACAAUCGCUCGCCAAUCAGCUCGUUGAGCUGCACAACUUGCAGUUUCACGGCGAAAAAUUUGUCCGAGUUUUCGAAUCAUCUGGUGAUGCACUACAUGGAAACGGAUCAGAAUCGGGUGAAUGAGGAUCUGAAUCAGGAGAGUCUGAACUCGUUGAACAGUCCGAACACAUCGGGAUUCAUAUCUGGCACAGCGGGAACACAUCUGGCUUCGGCCAUAACAUCUGGCCCACAUCCAGAUAUUCAGUCGAUAGCGGCAAGCGAUGUGUACAGUGGAAGAUCGACCGCUGUCACGGGCAAUUGGCAAACGCCGGCGCGAUACAUAUACGCCUGUCAAUUGUGCGAUUUUCGAACCGAGUCCAAGGCCUCGAUUCGCCUCCACGAGAAGAAUCACUCGACAGUGGCGGUGAUGCGACAGAAGAAUCUACAGCGAUUGCAGAAUCAGCAGAUGAUCACCCAGGCUUUUCAGACGCAGCGCCAGCAGCAUAGUCAGCAGAUGACCACGACGACAGCGUCGAGCCUGUCGCAGCUGAUGGAUGCGUCGCAUGGUAACAGUCAGCAGCCGAUUAUUCCGGAAGCAGCAAGUGCUGAACAGAAUGCGGCUGAUCUUUAUAAUCGGGUGAGCAGGGAUAUUUUCCAGUGUCAAUUGUGUAACGAUUAUUCGUAUUCGACGCAAGAGGAGUUGACUCGACAUCUGGAUUUGGUUCAUAAAGAAACAAGUGCUCGCAAAGAGGGGCCGCCGCCUACCGGCAAAGAAUCGGCGGCCGAUUCCAGUACGGUGUUCUUUGUCUGUGAUUAUUGCGAGACGCCGCAAAUUUUUGAGUCAGAGGUUAACUUAAGAAAGCACAUGAACUUUUUGCACAAUCACUUAUGCCAGAUUUGCAAUCAUCGGUGUACCUCCCGAGAACGCUUGCAGAAUCAUAUGUUGCGUCAUAAAUUGGAGAACCAGACCCAAUAGGAGAUGUGCUAGAAUCAAUGCACUUGAUGAAAAAAUAAGAUUGAGACCAAAAAAAGAAAAAGAAAAAAAGAAUUGAUGAAAUUAAUUAGGAAGUUUCUUUUGUAUGGAAGAGGUUUUUUUUCUUUUUAUAUAUAAUUAUUCUCAAAGGAUGAUUAAAUAUUUCGGAAUUUUGGUUCAAGUGUAUCAUUUUUUUUGUUUUGUUUGGCUUUUAUGUUAUUAAAAAAGUUGUUUGUAUAUUGCGCAAACAAUUUUUUGCUGAUAGUAUUAAAACGAAGAGAGAACCCGGCUCAAAGUAGGCAUAUAUUUUUUUUCUAGCAAUCAAUUUACUGGUCACAAUUUUCAUCCGCUUUGGAAACUCGGGUUGCGCAAUCGACGUCGAGAAUCGAUUUCGCUUGUUGGGAUCGAUUUGCGAAUCAGUUCCACUUGUCGGAAUCGAUUAAUCGAUUUAAUUUUCAUUAAUUUCAAUGAAAUUAAAAAUAAUUUGAGGUUUUUUUUCAAGGGCCAGGGAGGAAUUAAUUGGAAUCGAUUUCGAUUCCGACGAUUCCCCCAGCUGUUUUAGAAAAAGCUCGCGAUUAUUUUUAAUUUGAUUUAAAGUCACGCUUAUCCCGAAAGUGAUUUGGCCUUGGCACUACUGUGCAUGCGUUGAAUAUGGCGCUUCAUUGGCUGCCAUUCGCGCGCUUAUUUGAAAUCUUGAAAAGUACCAUUCUUAAAUUUAUUAUAAAUAAUUAAGAAUGACUAUAUUUUAAUAUGGUCAAAUGUCACGUAGAUGGUUUUUAAUAUUUAAUGAAAAUUAAGUUAGAAAAUAGAAAAUUCAUUGAAUAAAAAAUAUAUUAUUCAAUGUAACCUUUUUUAUUUUU